AUGAAAAUGUUUCUGUUUCUUCUGUUGGCUGCUGUCACUUGCAUGGAUUUCGGACACUCCUUGCAGUGUUAUACGUGCAAGGAAUUGACCCCCAUUGAGAAGUGCCUGACAGUUGAGAACUGCACAGAGGCUGAGACCAUGUGCAAGACUACCAUGUAUUCCCUGGAGGAUGUUUAUCCCUUCACGGGAGUCUCAACUGUCACCAAGAUGUGCUCCUCUGAGUGUGUCCCCUCUGAUGUGGAUGGCAUUGGGAUGACACACCCUGUCACCUGCUGCUUCUCUGACCUGUGCAACGUCGAUGGCGCAGCGAGUCCGAGGAUCAGCUCGGUGCCAGUUGGGAUCCUGGCAAGUUCCCUCUGUGCCUUUUUCUGGACUAGACCAUGA